AUGUCAACUCAGUCAUCCUUAUCACCAAGUAUAACAUCCAGUGGUUGGCAAGAAUAUACAAAUCAGACAAGCCAAGAAACUUCACCAAGCACCAUCAACGAGACCUCCUCUACUACAGAAUCUUUGGUAUCUCAGCCAACAUUUGAAAAUGGGCCAGAAGCUACAUCUACAAACACCUAUUCGUUAUCACCUACAAACACUUUGAAUUCAUCUCUUACUUCUGAAAGCACAACAUCUUCAACACAUAUGCUAACGACUGUAGAUAAUAUCACAAAUGCUCAACCUAAUACAGCAGACACAGCAGAAACCUUGACAUUCUUAGGGUCUACAACACAUAAUGAAGCUUCAUCUAAAGUCACUGAAAGUAAUACUCAGUCCAUUCCAAACACAGCAACUCCAACUACAUCCCAUUUGCCAUCCCCAGCCAUAACACCUCCUCAUUCAUCAACCUUCCCAUAUACAACUGCAAUCGUUCCAACAAGCAUAUCUAAUUCUCUCUCUACAGUCUCUACUAUGGCAUCUUCUGCUGAGGUUUCAAGUGUUCCACCUGCAGGAAAUGCAACAAAAAACUUUAACCGUACAACAACGCCAUCUUCUUCUCACAUAACUCUCUCAAUUCUCACAAGCCGUGCAUCAGUAAUAAACACAUUGUUGACUACUCUGAUUACAAGGACUCCACAUGUUCUGACAUCAGAUGUUGUUACUUCAAAACCAACAAACUUUAGCACAACAGAUCACACAGUACAUGCACCUACCACAGUUGUUCCUCAAACCCCGAUGAUAAGUAGUACAUUUCCAAUGCCCUCUUUAAGUACUACUACUACUACACAUGCACCUACAACAUAUGUGCCUACUACAAUUAUAGCUACAACUCUAUCAGACACCACCACUACAUCAACUACUCCCCCUCAGAACAUAACUACAUCAACUGUAACCUCCACAGUGAGGUCCACAAAGAUAACAACGGCUCCAUUGACACCUGUGACAAAUGCUUCUGCUGCUUUGAGCACAAUCUUGACAACCAUACUAUCAACAUCAACAACAACACCUUCUCCAUUUGAGUGCCAACUGUCAUCAGAAACUAUGGUAAAAACAGUUCUCACCCUGAGGUAUCAGCCAAACAAUACAGAGAAAGAGACUAUUCUACAGAAUUUGGCGGACUUCCUUAACCGUACUCUCUACCAAGUAUUGAAGCUGCCAAUUCAAGUCUCUAUAAACCAGACAGCAGGAACUGUAAGUACCAUAUAGACAAGGAAUAUGACCGUGGGAUAUUCUGUAUUAGUGAACGCCUCCGUUUACGUCCCUUCAGCCAUCGUUUCUGUCCUUACAGGAAGUGAUGUUUUCAAUGUCACUAACCUCAAAAUUCUCAUUCCACUCAUCCAGUCGGUACCUGUAAUAGCUGUACCUUGGGAAGCAGAACCUGCCAUCAACUUUAGGCUAAGAACAGUGUUGAAGUUGAUGGGUUCAGGAGGGAAUGAGAACACUUGUGUCUAUGUUCGGAGCAUGGAGCAGAAGUUGCAGAGGGCUUUUGAGAAAGCUGAGAUGACCAGCACGGGUAAAAGCAGCAAUGGCCUCUCACUCCAGAUUUUGAGCACAUCAAAAGUGAACCCGUUUCUGACUCUGAUCUAUGUUGUAAAGAAUAACAGUCAACCACUGAAUGGUACAACAGCCAGCAGCCUUCUAAAUGUCCUGUCUGGAGAGGUAGUUGGCUAUUAUCUAGGAGACCCACCGUCUAUCAUCGCAGAACCAUUAUUUUAUCCAACUAUUGACACCUCUAUUUCAACAAUGAACAGCUGGGUAACCACAGUCAUUCAGGGAGUCGAUUCCCAGUUACUGGGGUCAAGUAACCAAAGCUUUGCAAGACAAAUGGAAGAAAGGUUGGCCAAGCUCUUUCAACUUUCCAGUCAACAAUCACGAAGAUUUAAAAGAGCAACUACAGUGGGGAGCUACACAGUGCAGAUGGUGAAAAUGCAGAGAUUGGAGGGUCCUAAUAAUCUGGCUGAGUUGACUUACUAUGCCGUAAAAGAUGGACAACAAAUACCAGGCACAGUGGCUGCCAAGCAGCUCAGUACAAUCGACCCUCAGACCAUGGCGCUGACCCUUGGUUUUAUUGUACGAGUGCAAGCCAACCCUGUGGUCCAAAAGCCACCGAACAACCUAUGGAUAAUUGCAGCCGUGCUGGCUCCUAUAGCGGUUGUGACUGUCAUCAUCAUCAUCAUCACUGCCGUCCUUUGCCGGAAGAACAAAAGUGACCUCAAGACUGAUAAUAUUAGCAACAUGCCUCCUAGGACGAAGCCCGUCCAAGGCUUUGAUUAUGCAAAACAGCACCUGGGCCAGCAAGGAGGCGAUGAGGAUGUUCUUCCUGCAACUCACGAGACUGUGGUGCAAUCUUUGAACUUGUCGCAGGAAAGGGAGAGCACUAAGGAUGGGAGUACAGAAAAAAUGAUCAAAUCUUCAGACACCAGAAAAAGCCGGUCGCCUGAAAAUGGUUCCAUCAUCAGCAACGAAUCAGAGGAGGCCAGUUCAGACCAGAGCACUCCGCAGAAACUCAUGGCUCAGCACAGGAUGACAAAGGAUGAGGCACGCAAGUGGAACGGACUUAAAAAACAUAAACAGAGAAUUGUGCCAAUAAGCGAUGAAGAGGAGGGAAAUUUAAACUUUGACAAGAAUAACAAGAUGGUACCUGACCCAUUUGACUCAUCUUCUGGUUCUGUUAAACUAAUCGCCAUUAAUGCAGUCUCGAUGCCGCCUUCACUGUCGGUGACGGACAGAAAUCAGGAGAUGUCGAUCAUCAAUGGAGAGGUGAACAAAGCGCUUAAGCAGAAAUCGGACAUUGAACACUACCGCAACAAGUUGCGUCUGAAAGCAAAGAGAAAGGGCUAUUAUGACUUCCCUCCUAUAGAGAGCAAAUCACUGAAUGACAAGAAGAGGAAAGCCUUUGAGAAAACCCAAAUGGAAAUUGACAAUGUGCUGGAAGAAAAAACAGAUUCGUCUUCCCAGUUUGUGGAGGCUACAAACAGGCAAUCCUCAAUGAAGAAUCAUCCAUAUAGGAGUCGCCAAUCUCUGAACAGUCCAAGCCCAGGAGAGACUGAAAUGGACCUUCUUGUAACUCGGGAACGACCACGACGGGGAAUUCGGAAUAGUGGCUAUGAUACGGAACCUGAAAUGAUUGAAGAAACGAAUAUUGAUCGGGUAAAACAAGCCAGAACGUACAUUAAGUCUCGUCAAGGUAAAGGUCAUUCUGAGACAUCUACGCUGAGCUCUCAGCCUUCCAUUGAUGAAGUCAGGCAACAGAUGCACAUGCUGCUAGAAGAGGCAUUCAGCCUGGCAUCUGCGGGGCACGGAGGGCCCAAGCGACAGGCAGAUCCGUAUGCUUCAGUGCAGCAUAUGCCGUAUUCAGAAGUUGUCACUAGUGCUCCUGGCACAAUGUCUCGAACUCGCAUGCAGUGGGUGCCAACGUAUGGGCCUGAGAUGUAUAGCCUUCCAAGACCGACAUACCGGUUUUCCCAACUCCCUGAAAUGGUUAUGGGUUCUCCUCCACCACCGGUACCACCGAGGACAGGUCCUGUGGCAGUCCCCUCGUUAAGGAGGUCCACAUCAGAUAUGACAAACAAGAGCAGAGUGCCAGAGCCCAGUGGGAAUGAACAAGGUCCAGGUGAGUAUGUGGAGUUGCCUAUUGUUUCAAAGGUGUCACUCUCCAUGACCCAAACGUAUCAAACUGCAUUUGAUUAUUCAGGGAAGAACAAAUCAUGUAAUUCGGUUCCUGCUGUGUUUGCCAUCCCAGGGAACCGCGCAGGAUAUACGGGCUAUUACAUUCAACAGCCACCAGCUGCCUACCGGAACCACGCCUGGAUGUCGUACUCCGGAGAAAAUGAUUUGCCGGCACAGUGGUCAGAUUCGGCUCCCCUCCCUGGUUAUAUCGAGGCUUAUCCAAGGUCAAGAUACCCUCAGAACUCUCCUUCCCGCCUCCCCAGGCAGUUUGGUCAACCUGUCAAUAUACACGCGAGCUUGGACCACGCUGCCGGAGCAUCAAUCGGAGCUUCUCAGCAAAGCCUUGCAGAUACCGACACGCCGGAUGCCUCGAUUACCAAUUUAUCCACAGCUGCUUUGGUAAAAGCCAUAAGAGAAGAAGUUGCAAAGCUGGCAAAAAAACAGACGGAUAUGUUUGAGUUCCAGGUGUGAAGGAAAGUGCGGACAUCCGCCUUACAAUGCACCACAUCCUUGGUUGUUGAGCGAUGGUAACAGUGCCUAAAGAAAUCUGGACUCACAUGGGAUUAUAUGCUAUUUUUAUGUAUAAAAGACAAAAAGUGACCUGCUACUGAUAUGCAUUUGUUUUUAUUUAUAUAUUUAAAAUA